AUGGUGGCGAAUGGAGAUAGUGAUGGUGAUAAGGGCAACGAGGAGAGAGGAAGUGAAUUGCCGUUUUCAAGGGGGAGAUGUAUCGCCCUCGUUUCGACAGUUGCCGGGGCUGCGUUCUUGAAUACGCUUGGUGUUCAAGCAACCGUCAUUAUCCUACCAACGAUCGGAAGAGCACUAGAUAUCCCAGAUUCUCGGCAGCAAUGGAUUGUUUCUGCGUAUUCACUUACCUUUGGGUGCUUCCUCCUACUUUGGGGAAGAUUAGCAGAUGUCUACGGCAAGCGAUUAAUUUUCAUAUGGGGGUCUAUCUGGGUCACCGUAACAUCUCUUGUUGUACCCUUCGUUUCGAAUGAAAUCGGUUUCGAUGUCUUCCGAGGUCUCCAGGGGUUAGGUGCGGCUGCGAUGGUACCGACCGCUAUCGGAAUUCUCGGAGUUACGUUCCCUCCCGGGAAAGCGAAGAAUUAUGCUUUCUCGUGCUAUGGAGCUGGAGCACCUCUAGGAGGCAUCUUUGGCAACAUCUUCGGCGGUGUCCUCGGUGAAUAUCUUGACUGGAAAUGGGUCUUCUGGAUAUUCGCCAUCCUAGCCUUCAUCGUCACCAUUGCAGGCUACUUUGUAAUUCCUCUUCCAUCCCUCCAACAAGAGCCCAUCAGCAUCCGUAAAUCCGUAGACUGGGUCGGCGGCACCCUGAUCACUGUCGGCCUACUCAUCCUUCUCUUCGCUCUUUCUGAAGGCAACGUAGUCGGAUGGAGUAUAUCAUGGAUACCUAUUCUUAUCGCGGUCUCGAUGUUCAUAAUCGCGGUUUUUGUGGUAUGGGAGUGGUAUUUGGAGAACAAAACGGAGAGACGACCGUUGAUGAAGAUCUCCAUCUUCAAGAAUGUGAGGUUCUCAGCUGCAAAUAUUAUCAUGCUACUUUUCUUUGCUUCGUUUAAUAACUUUCUUAUAUUCGCUACCUAUUGGUUCCAAGACUACCUCGCCCUCUCUGUAAUCCAAACCACGAUCCGCUUCAUUCCAACUGGUGUAAGCGGCGUCAUCGUGGCCUUCAUAACCGCGCAGCUCCUCUCGCGAGUACGGGGCGACUUCCUUCUUACCUUUGGCACAGCCUCCGUGUCCAUUUCUUCCCUGCUCUUCGCAAUCCCCAUCCCCGCAUCGACUACGUACUGGGCUUACGGCUUUCCAGCUAUGGUUCUUAGUGUCUGUGGCGCCGACACCUUGUAUCCUGCUCUUACGCUCUUCACGGCAAAGAGCUUGCCACCGGAGGAUCAGGCGUUGGGUGGAGCGUUGAUUAAUGCAGUGGGGCAAGUUGGAAGGGCGAUUGGGCUUGCGAUUGCGACGGCAGUGCAGACGGCCGUGAUUGCGAGGGAGAAGGGACUAAGUGUUGAGGCUAUUGGUAGCACUGGUCAAGGAUUGAGGCCUAUGGAUGAGGCAUUAAAAGCUGGAUUGAGAAGUGCGUCUUGGUUUAACUUGAGCAUCGGUGUGGCGGCCUUGGUGGUGGUGCUGGUUUUUUUCAGAGGCGCGGGGAAGAUUGGGGGAAAGCAUUAG